AUGUCUCGCAAUCUCAAGCAAAAGUUUACAACCCCGGUCAAAAAGACCAAGACCGCCCAGCGCCGCCGGCGGGUCUCCGACACUCCUUCUGCUUCUUCCCUAGACCUCUCCGACGAUGGCGGCUACUCUGCCGUUGAAGAUAUUAGCGAUUCUUCAGACGACGAUGAGGAUGAUGUUGCUGCGGCCGAGGAGGAGAACAUUCUAGAGGAGACUCAUGUUCCCCCCACCCCACCACAAGCUCCUCGGCCGCAACCGACUAUUGAGGAGGACGAAGAGGAGGAGGAGGAGGAAGUGGAGCAGGAGGACGACGAGCAAGAAGGCUUGGAUAUUGAGGAUGAUGACGCUGCUAGCUGGGGAGGCAUCGUUACGGACGAUGAGGACCAGCCCGACGUCUACCAAGACGCCAAUAUCUUUGGUGAGGAGCCUCUAGAGCGCCACGUUCGCUUCGACGUGCCCUCCAGCGACUCUGACUCCACCGACACCGAGGAUGAGAUUCAGGGUUUCUUCCCUGAUAUCUUUGUUUCUCAAAACAACCUGGAUCCUGCUUUCCGCCGUGAGAUCGAGAACGAUCCUAAUGAGUCUUCUGACUCGGGAUCUUUCUGGGACUUCAACAACCAAUACGGCGAGCAAGAUGAUGACUCGGAUGCCGAGGAAAUUUUCCGACAAAUUGAUGAUGACACCCCUAUUGCCACUCCAAUGGCCUCCCAGCCAGCCACUGCUGCCUCUACCCCUCAGCCCAUUCCCUUUGGCUUUGAGGAGCCUACCGAGCUGGAUGGCUACGAGACUGAUGGUGAUACCACCGAGGAAGAUGAACCCGAACCCAUUGUCCGAAGAAAGACUCGACGCCCUUCAAAGCCCAUGAGCGACAUUUCCGACUCUGACGCCGACAGCCCGGUCAAGGCCGAGCGUGGCCAGCCCCGUCUGGGACGUUACAACCUUGACCGUUCGGACAAGAAGCCCAUUGCUGUCCUCAACCCCGUCACCGGAAAAAUGAUGAUCUUUACUCCUCACCGGCGCCACCAAUUCGACCUCUCCCCCGAGCAAUUUAACUUUCCCUGGGGUACUGAGGGGCCCGAGUCGCCUAUUAUGAGCAACUCUGCAAACCUAAUGCUUAGCGCCAUGUUCUCCUCCAACACUUUCGGUGACUUCUUCAAUACGGCUCAGGUUAUGGGGCCCACUGAGGCUUUCUUUCCCUUCCCCUCUGAACCCAAUACCGCCGACGAAAGCUCAACCGCGCCUAGCUUGCAGGAUGAGGAGGAGGAAGACGCCGAACUCAAUCUGGACCUCAACGACUUCAUCGCCUGGGAGGAAAAUGACUCUUCUGGAGAUGAAGAGGGCGACAACUGGGAUCCCGCAUCUACGCCUGCGCGACCCAGCACAGCUACAAGCGAGAAGCAGGCUCUAAGUCACAUCAAUUCCGAGACUGUCGGAGCUUUCCGCCGUAACCAAAUUAACCAGCAGCUCAUCCUGAGCAACCAGGCUACCCAGGACUCGCUCGCAUUCAGCGGCCCCUACAACUACACCGCACUCAAGGGUCUCAAAUCGGACCGCUUUGACACAGCUGCCAUCCCCCUAACACCCGCUCGUCGCCACAAGAGGCAGAUGAGCGACGCCACACGCAGCCCCCUGGAGUCAAUGUCUCAAAAACGUAAGGCCACCACUGAAGCUGGCAACGGCCACAAGAGGCACAGAAGCAUCUCGGAUGUGAACUAUCUCCACAUCUAG